AGCUAUUGAUAUAUAUAGUUGCUAUAUUAUAGUACUGCUAUUAUAGCCUAAAGAAGCCCAUAUUCAACACAUACAUAUACACUACUUUUAUAUAUAUAUAUAUAUUCCAUUAAUGACUUCUAUUAUUGUUCUUCUACUACUCCCUUUUCUCUCACUGCAAUGGCUUCUCAUUUCUGGCUCCCCCAAUACAGAUCAGAUUCCCAAGCAUUAUGUGAUUUAUAUGGGGGCACCAAAACCAUCAACAAAUGAAAAUGAAGCAGAUGCCAAAGUUGCUGAUCAAUUGGCGCAUUUGCAGUUACUCUCCUCCAUCGUUCCAAGCGAAGAGAAGGAAAGAAUAUCUCUAAUCCAUCAUUACCACCAUGCUAUUAGAGGAUUCUCUGCCAUGCUUACCGAUAAUGAAGCUUCUCUUUUAUCGGGUCAUAGUGAUGUGGUAUCAGUCUUUCCGGAUAAUUUGGUUCAACUACAUACAACACGUUCAUGGGAUUUCAUAGAAGGAAGAGCAGGAAGACAAUCGAAAUGGGGUUUGGAUAAGCAUGUCACUAGUGAUAUUAUUAUUGGGAUAAUAGACUCAGGGAUAUGGCCGGAAUCUGAAAGUUUUAGCGACGAAGGACUUGGGCCGAUCCCUUCAAGAUGGAAGGGAGUUUGUAUGGAAGCACCAGACUUUAACAAGUCCAAUUGUAAUAGGAAGUUGAUAGGUGCAAGAUACUACUUCAAUGAAAACGAGACCGAUGUAGGGUCACCAAGGGACACAACUGGGCACGGAACACAUGUGGCCUCCACUGCAGCGGGCUCAGUAGUUCCCAAUGCUACCUUCUUCGGCUUAGCCAAUGGCACCGCGAGAGGUGGCGCACCGUCCGCCAGGAUUGCCAGCUAUAAGGUGUGCUGGAGUGAAGGUUGUUACACAGCAGAUAUACUUAAGGCUAUCGAUGAUGCAAUCAACGAUGGAGUUCACGUAAUAUCCAUCUCUAUUGGGUACAUAAAGGGCUCCUCCCAAGAGUACUUGAAUGACCCAAUAGCCAUCGGUGCAUUUCAUGCCGAGCAAAAUGGUGUCUUGGUGGUUUGCUCGGCCGGUAAUGAUGGCCCUGAUCCUUACACAGUCGGUCACACCGCACCCUGGAUGUUCACUGUCGCAGCUUCUAGUAUUGAUAGAGAUUUCAAGUCCAUGGUUCCUCUUGGAAAUGGGAAGAUUCUAAAAGGAACUGGCAUUCAUUUUUCAAAUCUUUCAAGGUCACCUAUAUAUCCACUUAUAUUUGGAAAGGAUGCGGCUAUUAAUUCUUCAGUUAUAUCAUCGGCUGUAUUGUGCUACGAUAAAUCUUUGGACAUUACGAAAGUCACAGGAAAAAUUGUGGUUUGUGUUGAUGGUGGGAACUCUUCACGUUUAGACGUUGAGACUAUACUUGAGAGUAAUGGAAUAAUUAUGAUUAAGGAAGAUGAAAAAAUUUCACCCAGUCCAACAAACAAUUUUCCAUGGGUGGAUGUUGGUAAAAUUGCAGAAUCUCACAUUCUUAUCAAGUACAUGAACUCUACGAAGAAGCCAACAGCAACAAUUCUUCCAACAGUUGAAGUUCCAAGGUUUUAUAAACCUGCACCAGUGGUCGCCAUUUUUUCGUCGAGAGGCCCUGGAGAGUUCACAGAAAACAUUUUAAAGCCGGAUAUAAUGGCUCCCGGAGAGGCGAUUUUAGCUGCAGAUAUGAGCAGAUCAGGAUUUAGGUUCGAUUCUGGAACCUCUAUGGCUUGUCCACAUGUAUCUGGGGCUGCGGCUUUCAUCAAGUCAGUUCACCCUACGUGGACUCCUUCUAUGAUUAAAUCAGCACUUAUGACCACAUCAACUGCUUACGACAACGCAGGGAAACCAUUGACAAAUAGCUCAAAGUAUAUCGCAAACCCACAUGAGACUGGAGUUGGAGAACUAAACCAUAUGAAAGCUCUAAACCCAGGACUAGUCUUUGAAACUUCCACACAAGACUAUUUCAAUUUUCUUUGUUACUAUGGCUAUACAGAGAAGGAUAAUAUAACAUCCAUAUUUCCAAACGACAGAAAGUUCCAAUGCCCCAACAACUCAAACGACCAACUCAUCACAGACAUUAAUUACCCUUCCAUCUCUAUUGGCCAGCUAAAACGACACCAAUCAGCCUCCAGAGUCAUCAAAAGGACUGUGACCAAUGUGGGGCCCUCCAACUCGACAUACAUUGCUCGAGUUCAUUCCCCAAAAGGCUUAGUUGUAAAGGUCAAUCCGGAGAAGAUUGUAUUCUCCAAGGGUCUGAAAAGGGUUCCUUUUGAGGUGUCGUUUAAUGGCAAGGGGGCUCCUAGUGGGUAUAAUUUUGGACAUAUUACUUGGUCUGAUGGUCGCCAUUCUGUUCGUGUGGUUUAUACCGUGAAUGUCCAAUAAUUUUAAUUUAUAUGUAUGUAAUGUAAUGUUCAUUUGUUCAUUUAUUCAUUUGGUAAUGUGAUCCCCUCAAAUUCAGGAGAAAUGAAAAUAAUUAUUCUUCCAUCUCA